UUGGGUUCUAUUCUUGACUUGAAAAGCUUUGUAAAUAUAUCACUCCAAAAUGUAUUCAACUUUGUACAUCCUACAAAUGAAUGUGUUAAGUCUCCAUCAAUGUAUCUUUUAAUACUAAAUUGUUGACUUAGAAUAUCUGUACUUCUUUAACAAAUAGAUUCGCCACUAUCUGGAUGGAAAAACUCAUGAACUGUUUCAAAGAAAACUACGGGACCGAACGCUAAUGGAAAUGGAAAACUUCAGAUGGUGUGCCCAUUGUUCCUUCGGGCUAUUGCACGACUUUGAUCGGCUGAGGGUGGAUUGUCCUUCUUGUAAUAAAAGCACAUGCUUCCAGUGUAAGAUUCCUUGGGAGCCGCAGCAUGAAGGAAUCAGCUGUGAACAGUUCAAGGAGUGGAAGCAACAAAAUAACCCUGAGUAUCAGGCUAGGGCACUGGACAGCUACCUCAAGCAGAAUGGAAUAGAGUGCCCUAAUUGCACAGCUCAAUUUGACUUGGCGAGAGGAGGUUGUAUGCAUUUUAAUUGCCAGGAAUGUCAACAUCAGUUCUGUGGUGGCUGCAGGAGACCAUUUAAGUUAGGAUCGGCUUGUUCAUUUAUGGAGAACUGCGUUACAAAGGGUUUGCAUGCUCACCAUCCGCGGAACUGUUUCUAUUACCUCAGAGACUGGAGUGUGGAACGGAUGAAGCAGCUGUUAACUAUGGGACCUGUUCCCUUGACUGAGUUCAUAGCAGAUACCAACCAUGGGCAAGUGGAAGGUAAAUGUAAAGUCAUGGAGCAGAGAGAAUCCUUGCAAUAUCUAAAGGAUGAGCAGUGUGGACAAUCUUCAGUUAAAGGCUACUCAGGCAUCUGCAAUAUCCAUUUGAAACAGCACUUGGUUGAACUUAUAAAUACAAAUAAUUUGGAUCCAGCUGUACUGUACAGCAAGGUGGACAUAUUAAUGGAACUCCAGCGCUGGAAUAUUUCUGUUCCUAAUAAACACCUUAGUGAAUCAGAAGAUCAAUUUAUAGGAAGAUUAAGACAUAAAAUAAUGAAGGAGCUGAAGUUGGCUCAACAAACCAUUCUCGACAAGAAUUCAGGAUGGCUUUGAUUAUCAAUCAAAUGUAUUAUGAGAAAUGGAAGUACUACAGUGGACAGAAAAUUCCUAUGGUUGAAAAUUAAAGCUUCACUGACAAUGCAGGGAGGCCUGAGCUAGUUUCACAUGGGCCAAGAAGGAAUCAGGUUUCUUAUGUGAAAAUCACAACACUAUAUACAGAUAACUAUUUUGCAGUUAUGCAGAGUUACACUAAGAAAUGUCACUACCUGAACAAACCUUAAGGUGCACUUUCCUGCCUUAGUGGAAGGUCUUCAAGUAACAUUUCGCCAUGGGAACUACUCUCUCAAGUAUUGGGAUUGAUCAGAGUCCAUUUUAAAUAGUAAGUGGAAGAUGGGAUGGAACCCACGUAAUUGUGAUGGAUCAUAAGAGAUUGGAGUAGAAUUAGGCCAUUCGGCCCCUUCACCAUUCAAUUAUGGCUGAUCUAUCUCUCCCUCCUAACCCCAUUCGCCUGCCUUCUCCCUAUAACCUCUGACACCCGCACUAAUCAAGAAUCUAUCUCUGCGUUAGAUAUAUCCACUGACUUUGCCUCCCCAGUCUUCUGUGGCAAAGAAAGUGAGGAAUACAAGGGACUGCAGAUGUUGGUUCACCAAAAUAGGCACCUAAUUCAACGUGCCCAACAGCACCUCGGGAUAUUUUUUUAACUCUUUGGCCAGCUCAUGUGCAACAAGUAAUUUGGAAGCCAAAUGAUAUCUUGACCUUCAUGGAGUAGAUUUGAUGGCUGGAAUGUACUGCAAAUAUCUCAAGUCCUUACCUGUGGAACUGGACACAAACCUAUCUCCUUACUCAAGUGAAUGCAACAAAAUAUUCACCAGAUUAGCAUCUGAUAUGGUGGGAUUUCCUGAGCGGAGAGAUUGUGCACGCUACUUCUAUGUAGGCAGCACAGUGGCGCAGCGUUGGAGUUGUUGCCUCACUGCAUCAGAGACCCGGGAUCGAUCUUGACUGUGGGUGCUGUCUGUACGGAGUUUGUACUUUCUCACUGUGACUGUGUGGGCUUUCUCCAUGAUCUCGUUUCCUCUCACAUUCCAAAGACGUGCAGGUUUGGGGGUUGAUUGGCUCCUGUAAAUUGUCCCCAGUGUGUGUGGGAUAGAACUAGUGUACGGGUGAUCGUUGGUCGAUGCAGACUCGGUGGGCAGCAGGGUCUGGUUCCACUUUGUACAUCUAAACUAAACUGAACUAUCCUACACACUGAGGCCAAUUUACAAUUAACAGAAGCUAACUAACUGAUAAACUUGUAAUUGGGAGGAUUUCAGAGCACGCAAAAAAAAACCCACGCAGUCACAGGGAGAAUGUAAAACUCCGUACAGGCAUCACCCUUAGUCAGGAUCGAACCCGUGUCUCUGGCGCUUUAUGGGCAGUAACUCCACUGCUGCGCCACUGUGCAGCCCCAGUGUAGUGCGUUGUACAAGUAAAGCCCAACAAUUAGAAGGAGCGGCUCUUUGGCCUGGUACAGUGGGCGGUCCUAAUUCAGUGAUACGUAUUUAAUCCUGACCUCCAGUGCUGUCUGUAUGGAGUUUGCAUGUUGUCCCCCAUGCAGUCAUGAGUUUCCUCCCACAUCACAAAAAUAAGCAGGUGAAUUGGCCACUGAAUUGCCCAUUGUGUGGGGAUGAGGUGUGGAAUUUGGGAUGGGAAUGUGGGGAGGAAAAAAACAGGAUGAGUAUAAAUGGCAUGCUUGCUGAUCGGCAUGGAUUGGGCUGAAGUGCCUUUCUCUGUGCUGCAUGAAUCUAUAUCCAUGGGAUUUGAAGUUGUAUCCUCAGAAAUAAUGAAAUGAAAAUCUACACAAUCCACUUUCUAAAUGAAUUAUCUCUGCUAUGUCAUUUCUUCCUGUGCACCUAACUGCAUACCAUUCUGAUACACUUCUUGGAGUUUUAUGAAAUAAUGUGACAUUUUUGCAUCGGUGUGGUGCUCAGAAUUCAUUCCAGACAUGAGCAGGAGUUAACCCUGGCAGAGGACUGAAGAUAAACUUCCAUUUCUGUGUUGUAUCAAUUAAUAAAACCAAACACUACAAAAUAAGCAGCUGUGCUGCUCUUCAAUCAGAUGGUACUGAAUUUGUGUGUAUGUUUUUAAUAAAGUACCACUGGACCUUUGGGAAUUGUGUUUUUGAUUUGAAUUAGUCUUUGCUAGCUCUAUUCUUAAUUCUAGACCAUAUCUUUGAGGAAUACCAUGGCCUGAACUAAAGUGUAUGCAUCAUCUGUUAAUCUGGCUUGGUACAUGUUGCACUAGUGUCCAUUAUUUACAAGUGAAUAGUCAUAGCACGUCCAAUGAUUCUUAAAAGUUGAGUACUUUCCCACCUAGAUAAUCCCUUUCAUGUGUAAGCAACAGAAAACCACCUUUAUACAUGUGAUUUACCUAAUUUUAAAAAUUGUCAAAAGUUCAUGUGAUCGGAGCAGAAUUAGGCCAUUUGGAUGAUCAAGUCUACUCCGCCAUUUAAUCAUGGUUGGUCUACCUUUCCCUCUCAACCACAUUCUGCCUUCUCUCCAUAACCCUGGGCACUGUUACUUAUCAAGAAUCUAUCAAUCUCUGCCAAACAAAUAUCCAAUGAUGUGGCUUCCACAACCAUCUGUAGCAAUGAAUUCCACAGAUUCACCACCCUGUGACUAAAGAAAUACCUUACCUCCUUCUUAAAGGUAGUC